CUCCAGUGGUACAUCUCUCAAACUUGGCUGAAACUACCUUCAUGUCAUUAGACGGUGAGAUCUACGUGCCGACUCCCCUUAAUGAGAUCGAGCCCCACACCAUCAAAGACUGUUUGGUCCUAAGACCGCUCUCUUACUUGGUGCCAACGCAACAAGUUGCGCCAUUGGUGAGCCUUGCCCAGAUUGAGACAGGAGACGAGUCCCUCUAUGAAGAACAACCGGCUUCGCAUUUGACUCAAAUGCGCGAUGCCUUGAACCACGACCCCGCGUACUUUGGUGAGGUGAUAUCGCACUACGCCGAGGACUUCUACUGCUCGGACGAAGAAUUGGAAGAAAUCCAAUUUAAGCUCCCCAUUGCACCGGACCACGAUCUGGCCCCGCCCGCUGCAGCACAAGAAUCACAGAACAUCUUUGGAAUGUCUGCAUUUGAGCGAGUAUUAUUUGAGAUGGUAGAACCUGUUUGCCUUGAAAAUGCCGUGCCAUCACAGCUCUGUGUCCAGUCUAAAUCCUUGCGGAUUGUGGAAGACCCGAGUCUCAGUAUCGGUCUGCAGGCCAGUCCGCUACCCCCGCCAGUGGUCCCAAAGCGGUCCCUAGAGGCUGAACCAGCGGUUCCGAAAAAACUUCCCAAGACUAUUUCGGUCAAUCUGCAGGAGGUAUCCACGGGGAUGGUGCAGCAGUUGGUGGAAUUGGUCCAACAGGUUGGCUUGAAUGACAGUGACCAAGGCAGGGGGUGGCUCAGGAUCGAUGAACUGCACACGGUAGUUGAUACGGCGAUUUUAGACACUUUUGCAUACUUCCUCCACGUCAUAAUUACAGGCGACAGCACUCAGAGCGACCCGGCGAAACAGUCAAUACGACUGAUUGACGUAGAGUAUCUCGCCCGCAUCCAGAGCAUUUGUGCCAAGUCUAUUGAAGGCUGCCAGAGCCUAACAUGGUCUGCCUUGACCGAGUCUGCUGACCACGACCAAGUAGCCGCGUUGGUGGGGUGGGCCAUAAACGGCUUGAAGGCGGUCUCGCUCAUCCUCACCGUCUUCCAGUGCGGAAGGUCUGAAAAGCAGCUCUUUCUCGAGCACCACCUCGAGUGUAUGAUCACCUUUCUCUAUUCCUUUACCCAGGAUGCGAUCAUUCCUCUCGCCAGCCUCGUGUCCAAGGACUCCUCUAGCCUCAGGCCGCUCUAUGGCAACGUGGCCCUUGUAAUGAACAAGGCGUUGGCCCGCUUGUCACGGUUUGCCAAGGAAAAUGAAAUCAAUGACACCCUUAUCACCCGCUUGGAAUACAUGUCCAUCACUGUCGUAUUUGCUGAGGCCAAUAUCAAGGACCGGACAAACGUUUUGGGGGUGAGCACGUUUGAAAGCUUGCGACUCUGCCACUGUGACAUUAUCUGCAACAUCUUCCAGUCCAAGAAAGAUCAACAGCAGUUCAUUGUCGAUGAGAUUUUGUCCAACUUUGAGAAGUUGCCUUCCCACAAGGUCAACAGUCGCCAGUUCAAGCUCACCCGCGGUGUCAGCAUCCAGCUAGCGACCGCCUUGCUCAUGCAACUUUUGCAGACGUACAACUACCAAAGCUACCCCUUGAAAAAGGUGUUCUGGAAGCUAACCACCAAGCCGGAAAUGUCCUCCAAUGAGAGGACGGCUUUGGCCGCCGAGGUGGCCCUGUUCCAGGCCGCCAGUCGGGCCAUUUACGAGGAAUCGUUGGCCACGUCAAACACAAUCAUCUCGGGGUUGAUCAACAAUAUUGCCAGCCACCCCGACCAUGCACACAAGCACGGGUUUGAGACCUUUCUCGAGGACUUGCUCAACGUCUUGCAGUUCCCCGAAUGGCCGGCAGCAGAGACGCUUCUCGUGUCGAUCAUGAGAACAUUGAUGAACGUUAUUGAUUCGGGAAAAUAUCCGUCAUUAUUUGAAACGUUUGCGCUAGAAAUGGCGGGCCUCGUGGGGGUCAAGAUGUUGUCCCUUAAAAAUAACUCAAAGCCGUCGUUUGGGGUGUUUUCCUCUGCUAUGAGCGUGCAAGAUUUUGAGAGUUAUUUCGGCGUGUAUGAAACAGUGCUCUCUCACCUCCACGGGCUAUCUACCAAGGACGCUACCUAUACUGCCCCCUUCAACUACCAAUUUUUAAAGUUUCUUGUGUCGGUGAGCUCCUGCGUGGAGGAUAUAGAGCCCAAAGAACCGCUGCCGGAGGUCGCUGCGAGCAACGCGGAUAAGACAAAACUCCCGUUGUUGAAAGCCAUGAAGGAGCAUUAUUCCAAGUUGCUAGCUACGGCCGAUAAUCCCAAGUUCAAGGCUCCCGAGGUAGCAGAGCACUACACCGGUGACGUGCUUGUUCAGGGCUAUUCUGAGGUUUUGCUUUCCAGUGAUUUGCUUCAUUUGUUUGAUGCAUUUUUGAGUAUCGUGAUAAGAUCGUUAGACAGCCCCAAGGUGAAGUCCCGGACCAAGGCCAUCAAGAACAUUUCCCUUUUGAUGUCCAAAGAACCAAGCCUCUUGUCACUUCCUCAAAUUACAAACUCUGUCUCCAAGCGCUUUAACGACAGCUCUGCUUUGGUCAGAGACUCCGUCAUCGAGCUUCUUUCUCACUUUAUUGUGUCCAAGCCAGAGGUUAUUGAAGAUUUCUACAUGUACAUAUGCGACAGAAUGGACGACACGAGUGUUGCCGUCAGAAAGAGAGUGGUCAAAUUGUCAAAGGAGAUGUACGUUGCAACCACGAACAGACCUGUGAAGGUGUUGAUUGCCCAGCGCUUACUCCUCAGAUUGGAUGACGAAGAAGAGUCCAUCUCCGAGCUUGUCACCACCAACCUCCUCGAUUUAUGGUUUUUCUCCACCAUUCUGGAGAUCCAAAACUUGUCCGAUAAUACCCAAAUCUCCCAUCCCGUUUUCCGGAGAAUCGAGGUCAUGAUUGACAUUCUUAGCCAGCAAGACAAAUACUUGGGGUACUUUGAGAGGUUUGUGAAGGAUCAGGUGUUGCAUAAGACCGAGUUGAACUCAAAGUAUCAUGCCGUGAUAAUGACAGCGGUCAGGUUGAUUCUUGAUAAGGCGGUUGAUUUCAUUAUCGAUGGGGUUGAAACCGAAUUUCACGGUCAGGUGGAAAAAUCAACUGGGUUGAUCGCUUUGUUUGCCAAAUGUGACGGGAGGCUAAUCACCCAGGACCAGCUUAUCUCCCUCCAACCGUACUUGACCAACGAAGAAUCCACGGGCGAUACGAUCUGCUACUACGCGCUUCAGAUCUUCCGGUAUGCUCUCCCCGAAACCCGCAAUUUCAGACCUGCCUUUAUUGACGAGGCCCACAAGUCCUUGCUACGCCGUCUCACCAAGUUCAACGUUAAAGAAUUGAACGAAGCGAUGCCCUGCGUAUGGACGCUUUCGCAGUUGAAGAAAGACACGCUAACCAUUACCAAUGCUUUUGUUUCCUGCUUGAAGUUGGUGGCUCCGUUCGUUGAAGAGGCCAACUCCCAAAAGCCUUUUAAGUCUAGUAUCAAAUUGAAGCGAUUGCUCUAUCUCAUCGGUAAUUUCGGCAAAUAUUGUGACUUUGAGCCUAACCGUGCUAUUGUUUUAGAGGCUCGGGUAGGUUUGAAGUCAAAGGACUCGGUCGUCAGCCUUGUUACCAAAAUCUUGCUCAUCUUCUCCAAGCUGACGGUGGAGCCUGAUAUCCGCAGAAUUGCCAUCAAAAACCUACUCCACGUCUGCUCUACCCACCCAAAGCUCUUUAUGAUCGACGCUGUUCUCCAGAUUAUGGACAGCGGAUUUGCGGGCCAGGAUACCGAUAUCAAGGAGGUUAUCAUUCAGAGCUUGUACGACUUUUUGAGCAAGGAGGAAGAGGACUCGAUCAAACGAAAUGGAUUAGAUGCUAAAGUGUCACACGAUAUGAAGCUCGACGUUGCCGUUUUCCAUGGCGAAACCAGUUCUUACGUGACCGACGGGAUCUGUUCCACUAUAGUCCAGAGAUACUUAACCGAGAUCUUGGAGUGUUGUCUUCAGGAAAAGGGGGUAUUCUCGUUCAUGCCUGUCAAGUAUUUGCAAUUGGUGGUCCGUUUGGGCUUUGCGAACCCGAAGAUUUGCACCCCAACGAUCAUUGCUUUAGAGGCAUCCACGGCAGACCUGACCCGUAACGUGGCUGUCGACAUACACAAAGAGUUGCAUGAGAAAUAUGAGUCUUUAAUCGAGACGAGUUACAUUGAAGGUAUUAAGCUAGCAGUUCGGUUCAGACUUCGAGCCGCAGGCUCGCUUAUCAUCAAUGAGCACAGAUUUUUAUCAACCUUUUACUCAGUGGUAGGUACCAACAAAGCUGCCAGACGGAAAUUUGUGACUUCCCUUGUCAAGUCGUUUGUAUUCGAACCGACCAGGCUACCCCUCGAGCUUCUCGUAUUCCACAAAUCUUACGUAACUUACUUGGUGUUCAACAUUGUCCAUGCCGAAUUCGUCAUGUUGGAGGAGGUUUACAUUUUGGUGAAAGGUAUCGAUAGCUUUAUUUCUAGUGGUGGGGUAGAUCUAGGCUUUUCGAUUAGCGAACUUAUGGGCGACCAAGGAGAGAAACGGUUGGAGCCCUAUACAAAGCUCGCCUUGUCGUCCCAAAUACUCCUUGUGAUGAUUGGGUUUAGGGAAUACUUGAUCAACUCGUACUCUCUCUCGACGGAGAAGCUUAUGUCUUUCCUGGCGAAGAUAGAUAAAGAUAUGGCUGUCGCUCCUAAAGCGGUCAAAUCACACCCGUUGGACCUAUAUGAGAGUGAGCUAAACGCCGAUUUGAGACUGAUUGAGGUUUGCUCAAGAAUCUGUUCUACCUUCUGCCAUAAAAUUGAGUCGCUCACCAACGGUCAAGCGACAAUGGAAGUACCAGACGCAUCGGAGGAUGAUCUAGGUUAGGUACCAGACAUCUUUAGGGUAAUUUUUAUCGAAUCAAAAUACUGAAAAAAAACAACAAAAAAACGUCAGCGUUUGGUAGUAUUGGCGCUAAGCGAGUGUCAUAUAGCGUCUCUAAUUAUCUUAGGAUUCGUAAUACAUAAAAAUAGGCUUACGUG